AUGGACUCUUCAAGCAAUGAUGAGAAAGUCUUUGAUAAAUAAAAGAUAAAAAUUAAGGAUGGUGAUGCUUAGGGACCAACUUAGAAUGGAUAAAAUUCUGGAGGACGAAGGCUUAACUCUUAAUUUCUAGGUCAUUUAAUAGAUAAUAGUCAAAGAAGAAGCUCGUCAAACAGACUUUAAAGCGGACAUAAAAUCUCUAACUCCUCUAACUAUGAUUGGAGUAACUCUAAGAGAAGAAAUAAUCCGAAGGAUAAACUAAGCAGUUCUAGGCUUAACACUUACUUAGACGUUCCAGAUUAAUGUUCAACAAAGGAUAAGGAAGAAUCCUUUGAAUAUCAUGAUAAAAAGACGAAUGUAAAACUUACGCACAUUAAGAGAAGUAAUGUAGAUCAAGUUGGCUUAGAGAAGCAUCUUUCAGACCUGCAUUAUUCAGAUCCAUUCUUUGAUGGAAUGCCACCUAUAAUUUUUACUGAUAGUCAUAACUUCUAAACAAAUUAGUCUCUGUUUGAUGGAUGGAAAUUAUUUAGUAACUAAAUACUAGGUUACUUUGCACCUAAAUCACCAUUCUAUGUUUGGCAUAAUGUUGUGACAAAUGAUGAUUAGACCUUUUACAAAUCUAAUGUAUUAAAAAAUAGUAGGUCGGAAAAGCAAACACUUCCAAAAGCGUAGAUGGUGGAUGAAAUCAAUCCUGAUUUCAAGAUAAAAUCUAAAGAAAGUCAAAGAUUUUUAAGAAACAGAAAUCGCUGGUAUCUAUCAAAUUUUAAGAUGAUUUCAAAUAAGAAAUGUAUGAUGGAAGAUAACUAAGAUGUAAAUCAUGCUUUUGCUAAAGAUGUGGUGGAGCAAUAAGAUAGUAAAAACAAAGAUUCCAGAAGUUUGAUAAGGAGGGAGAGUCAAGCUAUGAUUGAAAAUACUCUUAUUGAUUAGAUGAUAAUAGAAAAACCAAAGAGGAGGACACUGUCUCCAAGUUUCAAAAAGAACAUUAAGAGAUUUCAAACAAUGAAGCAAGGAAAGGAAGAUAAGACUUAUUGCGAUUUGUAAGAUAUGCAUGAGAGCUAGAAUGAGACUAUUGGAAACUAAGAAACUUCCAAGACAGCUCUAACAACUAUUCCAAAAUCUAAUGUAAAGUAAAGAUUAGUCAAGAAAUGCAGAGAGCAGCAGCAAAUAUGA